AUGGCUUCGAAUUCAAAUUCAGAGAGAGCUCUUGUGCGACCUAAUUCAGAUGAGAGAAACGAGGGGGAAAGUAAACCGGAAUCGGGCUCAACGGGUCGGACUUCAUAUUUUUGGAGCUCAAGCAGAGUCAAGGAAUAUAUUAAGAAACAAGAAGCAGAUCCUGCAUUCCAAAGGUUAGGCAAGCAGCUUUCGAGAUGUAUUCCAACCGCAUGGCUCAACGGAGGUAACAUACAUGAGAAUGACCAUGACCAAGAACAGUUCCACAAAUCAGUGAGGCAGGUCUUGGAAAGCCCUGAUUUUUUGACACACAUGGAGUACAGUAAUAACCUCCGUGCGCAGGAUCCUAAUACCCUGACGAACAAUAGAGCCGCAGAGAAUUUUAUUGAGCGUAUGGCUGCGCAAAUCGAACAAGAUCCAGAAUUGAAGACCAUAAGAGCUGAGAUCGACGCUCGGGGUAUCUCUGCUGUGAUGAAGGACUUGGAUGCAUCAUGA